AUGACUCUCGGCCGCCAGCAAGCGUACAGCGGCAUGCCGGUAGCGGCAUUACAGGGGCGAACUGGCUCGAACGAGGGGAACCAGGCCUACUUGGUGGAACGACAGAACAUGGUUGGAUCAUACACGGGACACUACGGGACGCAGAGUGCUGGAGGAUAUCACAAUGUGCCAGAAGACGAAGGCUGGACGCAGCGAGUUAUCGACGAAAUGAAGGAUCUGCUUCUACUGUUGGAUGCCCAGGGGCGCAUCAACUAUGCGUCGCCAUCGUCGAAGCAAAUCACCGGCCGCAUCGCCAAACAACUCGAAGGCAGUCUUUUGACACAAUAUAUCCACGAAGACGACAAGACGGUCUUUCUACGAGACAUGGACGACGCUGUCGCCACGAACCAACCCUUUCGGGCCCAUCUGCGCUUCCAGAAGACGAACAGCACAUACUGUCUUCUGGAGGCUUAUGGCCAUCCGCACAUAGCAGCCCAGAAUAGUCGCCAGGGAGAAAAUGCCUCUGACCAGGACCGCUGCACCGGGUUCUUUCUCAUGUGCCGACCGUAUCCCAGCAAGAUCUCACAGCUUCUCGACUCUUUCCUUGAGCACAAGAUCGAGAAUGCACGCUUGGUUCAACAAAUUGCCAAGCUAAAGCAGGAGGAAGACGAAGAGGCCAACGCAACCCGCACAUCCUAUAAUCGACUCGAUGUGGACAAGGGAGCUACGCUAGCCGAGAAUCAAGAUCUCUUGGACCCCUCUCGGGCAGUGUCGAGUGAGCAGGACUCGACCGAGACCGCCGGUGCGAACUCGGAUGAGUCCGAUACCAAUCCAUCCGUGGAUUAUUUCUCAGAAAAGAGGUACCAUAUCGAUGCUUUGUCGCACAUUGACGGUAUCGAGGUUAUGACCGGUCUCCGCUAUGGAGACGGCGAGCGAUCACAAGGCCUGAGCACGGGCGUGCGCCGAGGCCGUCUCGUCCAGUGUGACAUUGACGUUACCACGACUGCCGAUCAAGCCCGCAACGCUCAAGAAGGUGACCGACGCAAGAGACUCAAGAGCCAGCACGUCUGCGGUGACUGCGGCACAGCCGACUCGCCGGAAUGGAGAAAGGGGCCCGGCGGUCCAAAGACGCUAUGCAAUGCCUGUGGCUUACGCUGGUCCAAAAAGGAGAAACGACGCCAGGAAUCAGCCUAA